AUGGUUGAGGUUGAAGAAUGGAGAGGUGUCAUGGAAUUAGACGGAGGACGGCCAGCAGAACCGAAGUUCUAUCUUGGUGAGUCAUCAUUAUCUUUCUCCCAGAAACAUAUGUGCGAGUUAGGUGACUUGGACGCUCUAGCACCCGAACGGUAUAUUGUCCCCAAGUCGAUUAAGGCUGUGAGCCGCAAUAAUCGCUGA